AUGAGUGAAGAUAUUCAAACAAGUAAUGAAGGUCAGGUACCAGUAGAUGUUCAUCAAGCCUUAUUACGUGAUGGAACCGAUGUUCAAACAAAAGUUGGUCAUGUUGCUAAAUUUAAUCAUGAUGGAGAAAGUAGUAAACUUGAUGAAAAUAUUGUUGUAGAGAGUUUCGAUAAUUAUAAAAAACCAAAAGAUAAUAAUGAAUUUAUUGCAUUAACUAAAGAGGAAUUAAAAGCAUAUAUAAAUAGUCCAAAAUGGAAACGUAUUCGUUGGUUAAUUGCCAUUUUAUAUAUCUUAUUACUUGUUUUACUUCUUAUUGGGUCUAUUCUUUUGGUUAUAUUUUCUCCAAAGUGUCCACCAAAACCAAAACUUGCUUGGUAUCAAAAAGAAAUUAUUUAUGAAAUCGAUGUCAAGACAUUUCGUGAUUCUAAUCAAGAUGGAAUUGGAGAUAUUAAAGGUGUUCAAGAAAAAUUAGAUUAUUUAGAAAAAAAUGAUAUAAAAGUAAUUCUUUUACAAUCCUCAAUAUUCAAUUUAACAUCUGGAACAUCAAAUCAAUUAAAUGAACGAAAUAGCGGUGUUAAGAAUAUUGAUUUAUAUAAUAUUGAUUCAUCAGUUGGAAGUGAUAAUGAUUUAAAAGAAUUAGCAAAAAAUCUUUAUCGAAGAGCUAUGUAUUUAAUUGUUGAUUUACCAUUAUCAUCAACAUUUGAUCUCAAUAGUUAUUUAUGGUAUGGAUCUAAUUCGUCAGUUCGCACUAAAAUAAAUACUACAUGCAAGGGAACUUCUAAUAAUCUUGCUUGUCGUUAUUAUAAAACAUAUGGUCGAUUACCACUGAAUUUUACUGAUAAAAAUAUACAAGAACAAUCAAUCGCUACUCUUCGUCAUUGGUUAUCAGUAAACAAAUUUGAUGGUGUACGAGUGGAUCUUCCACUUGAUUUUAAUUCUAGUACAAAUUCAUAUGAAAUAUCUUAUGAAACAAUUAAUAAAUGGACUAGUACUAAAAAUGAAAUUGAAAAAAAUACAAAACCGAAAUUACUAUUAUUUGAUAUUCCAUUUGGUUUACAAGAUAUUAUUGAAGAUGAUAAUUUACAUAAUCAAACAGCACACACAUUAUUUUUAUUUAAUAAUGAACAUAGAUCUCCAAUUAAUGCUCACUCAUUAGAUCAAAGAAUACAAUCAUUUGAAACAAAUCGUUUAUCAAAACCACAAUUUUGGCAGUUGGGAUCAAAACGAAAAAGUGAUGAUAUUGGUCUUAUUCAUGAAAAUCAAUUAUCAAGAGAAAUUGUUUUGACUAUGAUUAUGUUAUUUGGUGGAACACCAGUUGUACUUUAUGGAGAAGAAAUUGGUCUUGAUCAAAAAUCGUUUCCUUUAAUGUCAUGGACAUCUGAUGGAGCUUACGGAGGAUUUUCUGCAUGUUCAUCAGUUAAUUGUAGCCGUGUUUUAUUACCAUAUCAAAUUGGUGUUCCACCAACAAGUGUUAAACGUCAAGAAGCAUUAGGUGGUGAAGCAAAAGAUUCAUUAUUAAAUCUUUUUCGUCGUUUAUCAAAAUUACGUCGACAUGAAUCAUUUCAAUUUGGUUUAUUGGAAUCAGGUUAUGAUGUCAAAGAAAAUAUAUUUUGGUUCAUUAGAGAAGCAUCCGGUUAUCGAGGAUAUGUUACUGUUUUCAAUUUAAAUAAAAAUGACAAUCACACAGCACACAUAUCAUUAUAUGAAUUAACAAAACGUGAUGUACCGUUACAUAUUCAUUAUGAAUAUCAAUGGCCAAAAGCUCAUUUAUCAACACCUGAUAAAACUCAUAUUGAUUCAGAUAAUUUAUUUAUUCAUCCUCAAUCAAUUAGUAUAUUUUGGUGGAUACCAAAACUUGUUAAACCAAAUAUUUUAUUCAAAACGGCAAAAGAACAUUCACAUAAUCAAUAA